GAAAGGAGCUUCCUUCGAGCAUACUGAGCAUGCUUCAAAGCUUUUGAGCAUGCUCAGAUGCACAGAGAAGGAGGCGUUAACAAAUAGCAGGAACUGUUCUUCCACCUGGCUUCUUUCUCCUCCCCUUGCCUGGAUGUGAGCUCACAACAACACCGCCGCCGCCUUCCUCUUGUGCAAUGAUUACCGGUUCCGUGCAGUAGAGAAACCGAGACUUCUUGAACGAUCCUGGCCCUUCUCCCCUGCUCGGGACUCCCUCCAAGACAGGAAAGGAGGGAAGAGAGGUGGUGGAGUUGUGACAUAGAAGCAAAGGUGCUGCUAUGGGGAAUCAGCUGGCUGGUAUUGCCCCCUCUCAGAUCCUUUCUGUGGACAGCUAUUUCUCCGAUAUACAUGACUUUGAAUAUGACAAAAGCCUGGGCAGUACUCGUUUUUUCAAAGUUGCUCGAGCCAAGCACAGAGAAGGCCUGGUGGUUGUAAAGGUGUUUGCCAUUCAAGAUCCAACGUUGCCCUUAACUAGUUACAAGCAGGAACUGGAAGAACUGAAAAUAAGGUUGCAUUCUGCACAGAACUGCCUUCCCUUUCAGAAGGCCACAUUGUCUGAAAAAGCGGCCAUGCUCUUCAGGCAGUAUGUACGGGAUAAUCUCUAUGACCGCAUUAGUACUCGGCCAUUCCUAAACAAUAUUGAGAAGAGGUGGAUAGCCUUCCAAAUCUUGACUGCCGUGGACCAAGCGCACAGAUCUGGAGUCCGCCAUGGAGACAUCAAAACUGAAAACGUCAUGGUCACCAGCUGGAACUGGGUCCUCCUAACAGAUUUUGCAAGUUUUAAACCGACCUACCUCCCUGAAGACAACCCUGCUGACUUCAAUUAUUUCUUUGAUACAUCGCGAAGGAGGACUUGUUACAUUGCUCCAGAGCGUUUUGUUGAUGGCAGCAUGUUUGCCACAGAACUGGAGAAUAUGAGAGAUCCUUCCACUCCGCUGGUGGACUUGGCCAACAGUAAUCAACGAAGCAGGGGAGAAUUGAAACGUGCAAUGGACAUAUUUUCCGCAGGAUUCUGGUUCUACAUUGCAACAGGCUGCGUAAUAGCUGAGCUCUUUACUGAAGGUGUACCUCUCUUUGACUUGUCACAGCUUUUGGCAUAUAGGAAUGGCCUCUUUGCCCCGGAACAAGUGCUGAACAAAAUUGAAGAUCGUAGUAUCAGAGAACUGGUAACUCAAAUGAUCCACUGCGACCCAGAAAAACGUUUAGCAGCUGAAGACUACUUGAAACAACAACGUAACAAUGCAUUUCCUGAAAUAUUCUACACUUUUCUUCAGCCUUAUAUGGCUCAGUUUGCCAAGGAAACCUUUGUAUCGGCAGAUGAGCGCAUCCUUGUCAUACGUAAAGAUCUGGAGAAUAUCAUUCACAAUCUGUGUGGUCAUGACCAAACAGAAAAAGCAGAGGGAGAGACGAAGGAAAAUGGUCUGGUCAUUUUGGUGUCUGUGAUUACUUCAUGCCUACAAACUCUCAAAUACUGUGAUUCAAAGCUGGCUGCCUUGGAACUGAUUCUCCAGUUGGCACCCAGGUUAAGCGUGGAAAUCCUCCUGGAUCGUAUCACGCCUUAUCUUUUGCAUUUCAGCAAUGACUCUGUGCCAAGAGUGAGGGCGGAAGCCGUUAGGACGCUAACUAAAGUCCUUGCUCUUGUCAAGGAGGUACCACGCAAUGAUAUCAAUAUUUACCCAGAGUACAUCCUGCCAGGUAUAGCGCACUUGGCCCAAGAUGAAGCUACCAUUGUCCGACUAGCAUAUGCUGAGAACAUAGCACUGUUAGCUGAAACUGCCCUGAGAUUCCUAGAACUUGUUCAGUUAAAAAACUUGAACAUGGAAAAUGAUCCAAACAGUGAAGAAAUGGAUGAUGCAUCACACCCUAGUGAAAAUUACGACACUGAGCUUCAGGCCUUGCAUGAAAUGGUUCAGCAGAAAGUUGUCACUCUGCUGAGUGACCCAGAAAACAUUGUGAAACAAACUCUGAUGGAAAAUGGAAUCACACGCCUCUGUGUCUUUUUUGGACGUCAAAAAGCCAAUGAUGUUCUCCUGUCCCAUAUGAUCACUUUCCUCAAUGAUAAGAAUGAUUGGCAUCUACGGGGAGCCUUCUUUGAUAGCAUAGUGGGUGUUGCUGCUUAUGUUGGCUGGCAAAGCUCUUCAAUCCUAAAGCCUCUGCUCCAGCAAGGGCUCUCUGAUGCUGAAGAAUUUGUCAUAUACAAAGCCCUCAGUGCCCUUACCUGUAUGUGCCAGUUAGGGCUUUUGCAGAAACCACAUAUCUAUGAAUUUGCCUGUGAUAUUGCACCAUUCCUGUGCCAUCCUAAUCUCUGGAUACGCUAUGGAGCUGUUGGGUUCAUAACUGUUGUAGCACAACAUUUGAAUAUUGCUGAUGUUUAUUGCAAACUCAUGCCUUACCUCCACCCGUUUAUCACUCAGCCAAUAAUACAGAUAGAUAAAGAAAUAGUCCUGCUGAGUGUUCUCAAAGAGCCUGUAAGCCGCUCCAUAUUUGAUUAUGCUCUACGAUCAAAGGAUAUAGGAAGCCUGUUCAGAACUCUGCACCUUCGUCAAAAGAAAAGGAAUGGGACUCUUCCAGACUGCCCACCCCCUGAAGAUCCAGCAAUUGCACAGCUGCUAAAGAAGCUUCUUUCUCAAGGGAUGACAGAGGAAGAAGAAGACAAGCUGUUAGCCUUGAAAGACUUCAUGUUAAAAUCCAAUAAAGCAAAGGCCAACAUAGUGGACCAGAGCCAUCUUCAUGAUAGCACCCAGAAAGGAGUGAUUGACUUAGCAGCUCUCGGUAUCACUGGGAGACAAGUUGACCUUGUCAAAAUGAAGCAAGAGUCUGAUGACAAACGGGCUAGAAAACAUGUAAAACAAGAUUCAAAUGUGAAUGAAGAAUGGAAAAGUAUGUUUGGCUCUCUGGAACCUUCUAACAUACCCCAGCCGAUUAGCAAAGGCCAUGGCCAACCGACUGAUCCAGAAGCCAUCCAGACGGGGAAACCUCUUCAAUCAGAGUCCUCAGCCGGCAUUUGUGCUCCUUUGUCAUCCUCACCACAGGCAGCAGAUGGAAUAGUUGUCCAAGCGAGGAAACCAACCAUACAAGUUUUAAGCAGUAUAGCAUCGCCCUCAACAUACCAACUACGUAUCACUACCUGUAAAACAGAACUUCAGCAAUUGAUCCAGCAGAAGCGUGAACAAUGUAGUGCAGAAAGAAUUGCUAAGCAGAUGAUGGAGAAUGCUGAAUGGGAGAGCAAGCCACCACCUCCAGGAUGGCAUCCUAAAGGGCUGCUAGUUGCUCAUCUUCAUGAACACAAGUCUGCUGUGAACCGCAUUAGAGUUUCUGAUGAGCAUUCAAUUUUUGCCACAUGCUCAAAUGAUGGAACAGUGAAAAUCUGGAACAGUCAGAAAAUGGAGGGCAAGACGACUACUACUAGAUCAAUUAACACAUAUUCUCGAAUUGGAGGGCGUGUGACGACACUGACUUUUUGCCAGGGCUCUCACUACUUGGCUAUAGCUUCAGAUAAUGGAGCUAUUCAACUUCUUGGGAUUGAAGCUUCAAAAUUACCCAAAUCUCCUAAAAUUCAUCCAAUACAAAGCAGGUUUUUAGAUCGGAAGGAUGAUGGCUGUGUGGUAGACAUGCAUCAUUUUAAUUCAGGAGCCCAGUCUGUGCUGGCUUAUGCCACUGUGAAUGGUUCCUUAGUUGGAUGGGACCUGAGAUCAUCUAAUAAUGCCUGGACAUUAAAGCAUGAUUUAAGGCUGGGACUUAUAACCUCAUUUGCUGUGGACAUUCAUCAGUGCUGGCUCUGUAUUGGUACAAGCAGCGGUACCAUGGCUUGCUGGGAUAUGAGGUUCCAGUUACCCAUCUCCAGUCAUCCCCAUCCUUCCAGGACACGGAUCAGACGCUUACUUAUGCAUCCCCUCUCUCAGUCAUGGGUGAUUGCAGCUGUUCAAGGCAAUAAUGAAGUCUCCAUGUGGGAUAUGGAAACGGGUGACAGACGCUUCACAUUAUGGGCUAGCAGUGCCCCUCCCCUUUCAGAACUACAGCCUUCACCUCAUAGUGUGCAUGGAAUAUACUGCAGCCCAGCUGAUGGGAAUCCGAUAUUAUUGACAGCAGGUUCAGACAUGAAGAUAAGAUUCUGGGAUUUAGCAUACCCUGAGAGGUCCUACAUUGUUGCUGGAAGUUCUAGCUCUGUAUCUUAUUACAGGAAGAUCAUUGAAGGAACAGAAGUAGUUCAGGAAAUUCAAAACAAGCAGAAGGUGGGUCUUACAGAAGAAACCCCCCGAAGGGGUCCUGAGUCUUUACCAGUUGGACAUCAUGACAUUAUCACAGAUAUCGCUACUUUCCAGACGACUCAAGGGUUUAUAGUCACUGCAUCACGAGAUGGCAUUGUGAAAGUGUGGAAGUAAAGGCCGCAUUGAUCUACGUGUACUGUAAAUACUUGUAAUAAAACCAAAUAGUAUGAGACUGCAUCUUCUUAAACAACUUCUUCCAGAACAUAUAGCAAUGGACUCUAAUGCUCAUGAAGGUGACCAGCAGGCCUCUUACAAAGUUAAUCACUGUAAUGUUAGUGGCUCUUUCAGAGCCUGCUUGUUGGCUGAUGCAGCACCUUCUAAAAGCACCAAGCAAAAGCAGUUGAAAUGAAGAAAUUGUACUUAUUCUCUAACCAUGAUAUUCUUUGAAAUCUCUGAAACAUUGUGUGUUGCAUAUUAUAAACAUGAUGAAGGCUGUUAUAUUCUACAUGAAUAGUAUUUAUGGAAACUUAUUUUGUAAAAAAAGAAAACCUGAAUUAGAAGGACUGAUAAAAUACAACUGUUGCACUUUCCCCCACUCUUAUAUUCAAAUUCCUGUAUACUUAACAUAGAAAAAUAAAUAGUUUAGAUCAUU